GAGCGUACCUGGCACGGCCAGCAAGCCUGCAGAGCUCGUCGUACCGGUACCAUUAGCCGCCGCAGUAGGUAUGUACAGUGGCAAGGCGCAGGGGCUCUCGACGGUCGACUCGGUCGUGAGUGCGCUCAUGGGCUCGUACGACGUGCAAAACUUCAAGAUGUGGCGACUCGACGACGUCGAGUACGUGCGACAGCGGCAGCAGUGGCGCGAGGACGACGUGCGGCGGCGCCACGCGUGGCGGCUCCAAGACAUUGAGCGCGUCCGGCGGCUCGAGAAGCUCGCGAACGAGCGCUGCCUCAUCGACAUUCGCACGGAGCAACUGCUGCACAUCUCGCAGAUCUCGAUCGUCGUCGCCUACUUUGCGCGCGUCGCGUACGUCGAGUCGCAGAUUCCAGACAACGGCAACCCGAUCGUCGUGGCCUUGCAGGGCUCGUCCGCGGCCUUGGGCGUCCUGUGUAUGAUCAUGUGCAUGAUCAUCGUUGUGCUCAUCCAGAUUGCCGUCGCGAGGUACGCGACCGAGGACCUCGAGGACCAGCUGCGCGCCGUCAGAAUCGAGCACCUCGACGUCGUGUCACCGUUCACGCAGUGGUGGCUUCUGCGCUGCGAGAAGGAUUGGCACAUGGCCUUUACGCUCUUCCGCACCGGUAUCGUGCUCGUCCUGCUCACGAUCGGCUUUCUGAGCUGGCUGCAGUACACCAAGAACUUUGGCGUCGGCGUCAGCAUCUCGACGCUGAGCGGCCUCACCCUUAUCUAUUGGUUCUGCCGCAUGCAGCCGCGGUGGCCCGAGGUGCAUGCAUUUCCGAUGCACGACGACUAGGCGCUCGACGAAUAUAUCG